GCCACAGCGUUGUACGGACAACAACUGCCUCCACUGCCCCAGGCACUAUCUUCGCAAUCUUCCCGAUCGUUUGGAACAACAUGAGUAUGUCGGAUCUUUCCAAAACGAUGCCCGCGGAGGCUGCUCUCGCGGAUGACAGUCCUUCACCCCGGCAGACGCAGAAGUUUGUAUUGCAGAAGGAACAUCUUCACCAGCAAAGGAAAAAAUCGUCGAGACGAGGAAUAAACAAGGCGGGAACUUCGCGGUCUCAGUCGGUUCUGGAUGUCGUAGCAGCGCCUGACGAGCGGUCUUUGCUCGGAGGUCGUGGGACAUCAACGAGAAAUUCGUCCGCGAAGGCCGCGACGAGCUCGAGUACAACUUCAUUUGGCCUCGCAUCAUGCACCGUACUGCAUCUUGCCUCCAUCGUUGCAGGCCUGCUCGUGUUCGCGAUGGUUGGUGUGUGGAUCGGAGUCGCGUACAGUGGGGUCGUACUGCACACGUCGCCUGCUGAUAGUACGGGGGACACUGGAACUACGAAUCAACAGCCGAGGCAGACACCUCCCGGCACAGGAGGUGGGGCCGCUCUGAAACCAACGGGAGGUGGAUCUGCUACCACGACACGUUCUGUUGCCGAUCAUCUCUUUUCCGGCGGGGCUGCCCCCGGCGCAGCUGCCGGAUCAUCGUCAGCGACGGAUGUGGAUUUCGAGGGCCUUUUGAAGAGCCUUGACACCUCAGACCACGCGGAUGACCCCGCGGUCAGGGAGUUCGUCGAAGCGCUUCAAGAGGUGGGUAGGAUCAUCGACAGCGAACACCACGAGGGAAACGCGCAGCUCUUGCUGAAGCACGGAGUUCCGGGGGCCGCAGGCAGAAAUAAACGCUUGAAGGGCGCCGCGGGUGGUCCGCCGGGCGACAGCCUCGCGUGGACGAUCUACAGUCAGCUGGUCACGGGGGGCCAGGCCACCACCGCGGCGGAACUGAAGAUGAUCGUGAAGCUUCUCGCCUUCGGGGUGAAAAACGUCGUGGAUAACCCGACGGGUCGGGCGGACCUGAUGGAGCAGCGACACCACAAGCAGGCAAAGCGGUUUUACGAGAACGUGAAGGCGAUGGUAUUCAGGGGUAAAGCGGCGGCCAGUGGGGACGCGGCCACCGAUCCGACCGUCUCCACCGGGACCAUCGGUGCUGUCCCGGGCGGAAAGACGUUUUUUACCGAAGCGCAGCUGACCGGGAAGCUGCCCUACUCGCCGCAAGACGCUUGGAAGGCGUUCCAGCUGUCCGCCGCCAUUUACCAGAUUCCCCUGGAGGGGAAGGACGAUACGCAGGAAAGCAGAGACAGUGCCCGAGCCUGGAUGGAAGGGUUUCUGCGAGACGGUACGAAUUUUUUAGUACAGGACGGUCUGGAGCCGAUGUUGCCGGGAAGGAAGAUAACGAUAACCAACGCGACGAAAGUCGAAGGUAAAACAGACACUGAAACUUCAUCUCCUGGUGCUAGUAUGGACAUCCAAAACCUGUUCAUUGGCGUUCCCCAUGGCCACAAGAUGGAGAAGUCGGGCGCGGCCGUGGCCGGAGACUUGUUCAGCUGGCUCGUGACGAAAACCACUAGCAUCGGCUUCGAGGCUGCGCAGCCGCUGAUGCGCCUGCUCGGCUUCUCCCUGGCAAAAGGCUGGCGGCCGUGGCACGAAUGGAGUAAUGCGAAAAUAAAUUCGACUUCAUCUUCUGGCACCACAAGCGAAACAUUACCACACCAUCCAGCGCACCACGAACACACGCCGCAGCCGGCGAAGCCAGGAGGCGAUGAUGGCCCGACGCCAGAGCAAACGGAGAACAGCUUCGACGUUAUUUCUGAGUUACCCCGCUGGAUGUUUUUCGUGGACGCAAACACCAAGCAGGCGCACUUUGUGUUCCGCGGAACCAUGACGUUGGCGGAUUGGAACACGAACCUCAAAGUCACGGGUGACGAAACCUCGCCCGUCAGAAGAGCCUACAAGAGGCACCAGACGGUUGCGGAAGUAUCCCCGGAGAGGACCCAACAAGGCCAAGCAGAGAGAAGAAAAUCUUCACUGGACACGAGUACUACAACACCCGACGCGACCUUCUCCGAGGAAAAUGGUAUCAAGAGCGAAGGCCAAGAACACCACGAUGUCGCCCCGGAAAAAAACAAGUUUCUUGCAGGUUCCCCGCCUGUGCAGCUCGAAGUCGAACCUGAGCCACAGGAGCAAAUAACAAGUGGAGGAGAAGAGAAUGAAAGCCAAAACCCGUCGACCCAACCAACCGCUGUGCAGCCAGGCCGUUUGUCAACACCGCCGGGUGAGCUCAAACUGCAUGGCGGUUUUUAUCAACGGGUGCGCGAAUCGCUCGCAGACUUCGAAUUGCAGCUCAGAAAGGAAUGCGUCACGUACUACUGGAGCGCGAAAACUUCAUCUACCCCAGCAAGUUUCUACCAUGAUUCGCCGACAUCCUCGCGGGGGCGGGACGCUGUCGCAGAGUCAGAAGAUCAAGAUGCAACUGCGACAGGGAAGAGCGAGGGCGUUGGAACUCCUCCUGCAUCGACAGAUGAUGUUGAUGAUGCACUUUCGGUACGGGUACAACACGAUCAAGCGGAGAUCGAGCGCGGCUGUGGCCUUGCCCAUGCCCCUGAACCUCAAGAUGAUCCGGGGAAAGGCAAAAAUCAAAAUGUCGAUACUCGUGUCUGGGACGCUUUCAACAAUAAGAAAACAAAACUUCAGCACUUGAUGGAGGAGCAGUCGUUUUUGCCGCUGUCGGAGCGCAUUGACGUGGUUGUUGGGGAGAGGAACGACGACUUUCGCAUCGUGCGGCCGCUUGCCCGCGAGAAGCAAGUGAAGACCAACUACGCAGCCGCGGCAAAUAAGAGAAGUAAUGCCACACAACUACCACCAGAAACUGGGCAUGGACUUCAUGCGCAAGCUGUAGAGGCGCCAAGUUUGUCUCCUGCAGGAGCGUGCGAGCACGGGAAGUCUGCACCUGCUGAACGCGAAGAAGAUGGUGCUCUUGCAGCUAUUCAAGCACCACAAGCUCCUGGAGCGCGAAGAUCGGCGGGACCACCAGCCUCUUCCGCAACGAGGGACCGCGGAAUAUUUCACGCAUUGCAUCAAGGAUUCGAAUUUGAAUUAGACGACCCCUUGCUCGAUGUUUCGCUCCAACGCAUACUGACAACCGAAGAGAGCGGAGGUGAAGAAGAAACCAAAGAUGGACCACGGAAGAGUAGUAUUGACGGCGCGCGGUUCGUGGAGUACCUAAACCACCUUUCCGAAGGCAUUUCAAGUCUGCAGAUCACGGGGCAUAGUCUUGGCGGAGCGAGUGCACUCAUUUUGCACCGAAUUUGGAAAAGCCACCCGGUGCUGCGGAUUCUCUUCGCAAACGUUGUUGUCGCAGGAGGUCCCGCGGGGGAUGUGGAGGAGGCCCGAGUUACGACAAUCGCGUAUUCUGCGCCACCUUUUCUAGCUGCGCCGCGGAAUGACGAGGAAAAAACACAGAAGUGGCUCUACGUCACAGACGAGUCUGAGAUUUCAUCGGAGGGGGCUGCAGGAGCUCCAGCUCCUCCCGUGAAGGUCGAGAUGAACGGUGAUUCAGGCGUAGACCACGGAAGAUACGAUGGACUACAGUACGAGCACGUUCCGGAGCCCACGCACUUCAAGAACGCGCACAAUCUCGUGGUGGGUUUUGAUCCCGUGCACCGGUUGGGGCACCUCUCUGUGUCUGCCGAUGUGUUGAUGUAUACGAAGCUGGGCUCCUACUUGUGGCUAGUGCCAGAUCGGUACUACAACGAUCCGACAGGAGGAGGUGAAGCUGGUGUGCCAGCGGUCUCAGCAGGAGCAUCUACUGCGCAGAUCGGCGCCGCCGAGGAGGAAGCCAAACCUGCUGCAAAUUCCGCCCUGCUCAUCAACCGAAGCAACAACUUCCGUCUACUGGAUCUGAAGCCUGAGGUUUUAAACAAAUUUUUCGGGCGCGUAGACACGAAGAUGACCACGAUCGAGGCGGGUAUGGCCGUUGGCGAUCACCUGAUGAAAAAUUUCAUCUACGAGGUGUACCAUCUCUCUGUGCAGCGAAAGAAAGACGAAGACCUUGAUGCUGCUGGUAAUUUACAUUUUGACGACGCUGAUAAUGAUAAAAAUCCCAGCAGCAACACGAACACCCCAGCGAUCAUUAUUCCAACAACCAAGUCCGGCGACGUGCAUCAGCACAAAAGCGGACAAAUAACGCUGACGCAGACAACCCCAUCUACCACUUCCACGCACGAGCCAUCGCCGUUCUCUCAAGUUCUGUGGGACAAGGACACUGAACCUGAGGCUAUUGCAUGAUGUGGCCACCAAUGCAUCUAGUGCCGGCGGCACCGGGGCCCGGGGCCUUCGCCCUCCGUUGCAUGCGCCUGCCCUUCGGUCCACAGAGAAGACAGAACCCGCCGGCCGCGCACACACAGCUUUGGGCGCGCGGCGGCAAUUGUCCCGCUCCGUGCAAGCCCCACCAAGCCAAGGGCUUCGCGCAAUGCGCCCAAGUCUGCCGGGGCCGGGGCAACGAGCAGGGAGCGAAAAUAAAGGCAGGCGGCGCGCAAAAGCGGGCCCCGCCCGGUGAUUCUAUUGCAGAAAAGAAACAGGCGGGGCGCGCCCCGUAUAUUGCGUUGCCGGGCCCGCCUGGUGUCUGUUAGUCUUCCGCCCCGAUUUGCGGGGGCGGUUGCUGGCCUUCUUUGUGUUGGCCCGCCCUGGUUUCCCGCGUUUUUUUCGCACGACAUCCCCGGGUCAAAUGUGCACGAGGGGGCGUUGGCCCUCAAAAUAAAAGCGCCGGGCGCGCCGCGGCCUUUUGGGUAGCCUAGGUAGCGAAGAGAAUGAACGGCCGACGGCCUCCCAUCAAUCAGAACCCCGGCCCGGGCCCGGAGUAGAUGCAGCCGGCGCGCAAAAUAGAGAGGCCACUCUCAUGGGCGUGCGUGCUUGCGAAACAAAGACAACCGCCACAAUUUUGCGCGCGGCCCCGGCGUGUCUCGCGGGCGCCCCUUGGGGCGGGGCCGGCUUGGGGUGCGUGGAUGGUCCGCGGAAAAGUUGUGCUUCCUCCCUAAGCCACAACUUUUCCCGGAGUCCGGUCGUGUUUGAGGGUAAAAAGAAGCUGCACAACGCCCAAGGGGGGCAGAAAAAGACAGCCACAGGUCGUGCGUAACCUAAUGCAGCAUGGUAUGGCUGCGAGGAAAAUUCGCACGCAGCGAUACCAUGCAGCAUAACCUCACGCCCGAUGCUAUCGGGAGUGCGAAUAUUGCUGCUUGGGGAUAGCAUCGCGCAAAAGGUUACGCCCGACGGUGUGCAGCGGCUGUGGCAGCCGCUUGUGGCGAACGGGGGGAUUUGUAAUGCGGAGAAGAGCCCGGGUUGCGGAGAACCCGAGGGUCCGGGCUUUCCCCUCUCCCCAUUUUACCCACAACCCGAACCCCGAGCUCUGGGGAGCCCCGCACUCCGCAUGUGUAAUGCGGAGAGCCCGACCUUUCUUCCGCCCAUUGCAUUUGUAAUGCGGAGAGCCCGACCUUUGAAAGGUCGGGCUCUCCGCAUUACAAACGCAAUGGCUAUGGGCACCUUUCCGCACUUGUAAUGCGGAAAGGCCACCUUUCCGCAUUUGUAAUGCGGAGAACCGGAGGCGCGGUCUUUCACUUUCUCCAACCGGAGGAAGCGGAGUUUGCGAAUUUGUGGCGCGGCUUUUCUCCUGCGGGGAGAAAAGCUGCAUCUGCAUCCGGCUGGUUUUCCAAUUUUGUAAUGCAGUUUUUCUCCACCCGACCGCUCGAGCGGAGAAAAACCGCGCGCAAAACAAGUAGCUUUGCGCGCGAAAAAACGGGCACAAGCCCUAUGAAAAGCGCAGCUUCUACCCCGUCCGGAGCGGGAAAAGUUGUAAGCGGGUGGAGCCCCAUUUGCUUCCUCAUUCUCGUAGGUCGCUAGUUUCAUUCUCGUGGCACUAAAUGCUCUUUCUGGGGUCAAAUUGUAUUUUGUCCGUUCAUAAGCCAUCGCCGUUCUCUCAAGUUCUGUGGGACAAUCUGACUACUAAAAACCUCGCGGUAGCUGGGGGGCGUUCUAGUCUUCGGUCUAGUUCGUCGCCCUCUACCAGGCCUGUACUACCUGAAAGCAGAACUUCGGCUAGGGCAACAAGAUCACAUCAAGCAGCAUCCGCGAGCAGCAUCCGAACCGAGAGUAGUCAGCCGGGCCAUUUCUGAAGGCGCUGCGAGGUGGGCGGAGAGGCAUCACGCUAGCAGUUGGACGGGAGCAAGGCCAGCGUUCUUCUGUGUGAUGUUCGUCGUAUACUGUCCUGCCUAGUUCAACUAUGUAGGUUAUCUCUCUCUCUCUCUC